AUGGAAAAAACCUUGUUGAAACGGAGUCUUGUUUCUAGUGUGAUGUUAGGAGAUGACCAAGAUGAGGACUCCUUGAUAGCGGCUAUGCAUCUUCUUCAUGGUACAUGCGUGGAUGAAUUGGUGAAGAUACUUGAAUGCAAGAUGAAAUAUGGGCAAAUCGUUUUACCUAUCUUCUAUCAUGUAGACCCAUCUGAUGUAGAUGAACAGACAGGGAGCUUUGGAAAUGCAUUUGCACACUCGUGA